CACUUUGCUUGUGGAUGGCUUAACGACGGGCGACAGUUAACGGAACGCGAUGUCAUCACUAGCCCUGUGCAGGAGGGGGAAUAACUGCCAGUAAGCGGAAAUAAAAAUGAGUAGACUGGUUGAUUCACUCUACAGUACAUGAUUGAAGCUUUUCAGCAGCCGGAAGCAGUCGCCGCUGACAGGUGGCGACACACCACUGCGGCUGCAGAGACGGAGCAGAGGUUCGCACCGGCCACGCGGCACGGCGAGGCUGCAGACCGACCGCAUUACCGGAGGCUGCCGCAGCGAGUCGGAGAGAGACUGCCGGUCCGAUACGCGCCGCUGUGCCGGAGCUCACCUUCGACAGUAGUAGGACAGCUCUGAGAAUGGUUGCAGGAGAUGGUCAGGGGAAGAAUAUUGAUGAGCUCCCAGAUGAAAUAAUACUAGAUGUAUUUUCAUUCUUCAGUUUUAAUGAGCUUAUAGACAUCUUGCAAAAUGUGUGUGUGCGAUGGAAGAGAUUGGCACACGACCCGGUGCUCUGGCGUGACAAAGAGUAUAUCGUCAGAGGAAGGGCACAGAACGGGAGGAGCUGCUGCGGUGUCACCUGCUCCGAGUGCGCCCACUGCAGGUGUGAGAAGACGGACAGAGAGGUCUUACAGACAGCCGGUACGAUGCCACAACUGCGGACACUUACGAUGAUGCGCGGUACCAGAGCUCGUAUCUUACGUAAGAUCUGCAGGAACUGUCCGAAUCUCACAACUUUGCAGCUUCACGGCUGUCAGAAGAUGAACUACUCGCUCCUGAAGUACAUAUUUGAGAAGUGUCCGAAGAUAGAGAAGCUGAUAAUUGCCAACAACUUACUGGCCGACCGACAGUACGCGGAAUUGGUGUCGCGCCUGGAACACUUGAAGAGCCUGGAAGUGUUCGAGAAUCGGAGAGGUGCGGGGCCUGUGCUGCUGCGCUUCCUGGCAGACGCCUGCCCGAAGUUGCGGGAGAUAAACCUCAGCUGUGACUACCACCCGCUGGAGGACGUCGAGUACUUCGUGAAGGCCAAGAGGGACACGCUCACUUCUGCCACCGUGCGCUGGACCAUGGCGGGGAAGAGGUGUGUGGUUCCCGUGCUGAAAGAGGCCGCCAGCUCUCUCGAGAAACUGCAGCUGCACCUCUUUGACGUGGCACCUGAGGAGGAGGCCGCGACGUUCGCAGAUCUCGGAGAGCUGCACAACCUGCGUGAACUGCACUGCAACCAGCUCUGCCCGCACCGGCCUCGCCUCAUCUCUCUCGCCUUCCGGCCCGGCUGCCUACCACUGCUGCAGAGGUUGGACCUGCCGCACGCCACCGACCUCCCGAACGACGCGGUGGUCACCAUUUCUCGGGGAUGCCCGUCACUGCGCGAGCUGAGGCUCAUUUUUGCGACGAGCCUCACAGACGGAGCACUUGCCGAGAUCCACCGUCUUAAACAUUUACAGAUACUGGAUCUUUCCGGAUGCAGUGGGCUGGGCGGAUCUGCCGUGGCGCACGUGGCGCAGCUGCCGUCCCUCCGCACGCUGCUCCUCCAGUACAUUGACGACCUGACAGAUCUGCAGCCGAGCCUACGGCACGUCCUGGACUUGAAGCAACUGCGCUGCCUCGAUAUCCUGUACAGCGGCCACAUCAGAGCUGUGCCAUUUGAAGAAUUUUCUGUGAGGCUCGUGAACCUCAGAGAACUACAUGUGACGUAUGAGGAAGAGGAUGAGGUUUUCUACAAAAAUGUUUUUGCUGAAAUGCAGAGUCAAAUGCCUCGGCUCAGGAUAAUUAAUACUUUCCGAUGGACAGAGAAUGACUUCCUAACAGAUUACGAAACGGAUGAUGAUGAUGACACCGACAUAGGGUACUGAGAAAUAAUUUUGGUUUUCAGACUGCAGAAUGUAACAUUGGAGCCCCUGGAUGAGUGAACUGUUUGAAAAGGAAGUAAAAGACAAAAUAUUGAUUUAUGAAAUUAUUGUAUAAGAGCCAAGAAAGCGUUGGCCGAAAUAAAAAAUGCAAUUUUUCGUGUUUUAAAAA